AGCGGGGCCCAGCUUUCCCCGCAGUUGAAGGAGGCGGUUGCCCGGGCCCAAUUCGGGAGCCUGCCGCUAACCUGUGAGCACCUCGGAUGAAAACGGAUCCGCAGCAGUCCCCGGAGCUUUUAUCAGUUUCCAUCUCUCCUCGGGUUCUGAGGUUGAGAGUUUGGGGCUUCAACCCCUUCUCUUCAGCUUUGUUGAAAGCUCCUCCGGGAGGAGUCGCAGCCUCAGUAAGGCGAGGCAUCCUUCCCCAAGGGCAUUUCGGAAGAAGGUUGCCGUACCCAGCAGUCUCCUGGGGCAAAUCCCUCGGGAAUGAAGCGCGGAUCGAGGUGUCCGCGGAGGGCAAGGCGCCUCCAGUCCGCAGCGCCGGUCCGAACCUCCCCCUCCCUCCUUUAUUGUGCCCCGGGGGGUGGUUUCCAUAACUACGCUAAACAGAGGGCGGGGCCACGCUUGGGACCAAAGCGGCCCGGGCCAGAGCCGGCUGGACGAACCCUCCCCCACCUCACCUCUCACGCAGAGGAUCCGGCCUGUAAGGGGCGGCGAGGGACUUGGACCUGUUCUAUGCAGGGCCUUGGGGCUGCUGUUCUCUUGGGGGGCGGGGAGCUCAAGACGGUGUACAAGGGGGACCCUUCCUGGUAUGCAGAACAGAACCAGGCCGCUUGCAGCGGCGACCAGCUGUGCAAAGAGCCCGUUUGGCCGAGGGCGGGCUUCGAUGCCGUAAAACCCCAGCGUCCCGGGACCCUAGAGCCACGGGGGGACCUCCCCAAGCCAUGGCGCUCGAACUGCUACUGGAGCCGAAACCGGCUAUCGGGGGCCGCCUCGCCCCGCCUCCAGGCUCUGCAUUGGCCUGGGAUCGAGACGAUGCAGUGGGGCUCCGGGAGCCUGAGCCGCAAGGCCACGAGCACCCCAAAUGCGAGUCCGCAGAGUCGAGCAGGGUCCCGGGCCGCCCCGAGUCCCGGGGCUCCUGGACGCGGAGCCGCCACCUCCUCAACAAAGGCCCCCGAAGCCUACUCCAAUGGGGCCGGGACCGCGGGGACCGUGGGAGUGCAGCCGCCCGCGGGAGUGCAGCCGCCCCCGGGCGGCCAGGGUGAGUCCCCCGAGCUGCCUUCCCGCCCAGCAGACAGCUCGGGGGCUGGGAGCCUGAUCCAGGCUCCUCCGGCGCCCGUGGACCGCGAUAGCAAGGCCAAGGUUCGCCGUCAGCCUCGGCCUGAGAACAGCGUUGUGCCUCCGAGGCGCCCGCACGCUCUGGACAAACUGCGGCACGAAGGCCCCCAAGCUCCGGUGUCUGUCUGGAAAGGGUUCCCUGGGGCCCCACUCAACAUUGACCGGCUUAAGAAUGCCAAGAUCGUGGUGCAGAGAGCCAUCAAGCAGAAGAAAGUCUUCAUGAUCCAGGGCCGCUACCCCGUGAUCCGAGGGAUCCUGCGCCGAAAAGGCUGGGUGGAGAAGAAGAUUCCCCGUUUAACUACACCUCCAGCAGUGCCUCCCCCUAAGGAUUUGGACAGUUUGAUAUCUGCAGAUGAUAUCCCAGAGGAGUGUGAUGAAGAGGAAGAAGAUGAUGACGAAAAUCAACAACCAGACCUUGAAGAUGUGGAUGGCACUCAUGACCUUAUGUCCCGAAUGGUUCGGAAUGAGGUGCCCUAUUUCAUCUGGACCACCCGGAGGGAUGUGAUUGACUGCCGCUUUCUCUGCAAAGAACAAAUGAUAAAUCAUUAUGCUCGGGCAGGCUCCUUCACCACCAAGGUUGGCCUGUGCCUCAGUCUCCGGAACCUGCCCUGGUUUGAUGAAGCAAACGCAGACUCCUUCUUCCCACGCUGCUACCGCCUGGGAGCCGAGGAUGAGAAACAGGCCUUCAUGGAGGACUUCUGGCUGACAGCUGCACGCAACGUUCUCAAGCUGGUGGUGAAGUCAUGGGACCCCAACUCGGAAGAGAAUGGCCUGACAAAACCACCCUCAACUUUGUUGGAAAAGUGCCUGGAAGGGCAGAAGUUGGCCACAAGCAUCAGUUCUUCCUUCAAUUUCCUUCCUUCUCUUCCACAAUUACUGCCAGAAUUUCCAGGGGUGAAGCAUCAUAAAAAAACAGAAGUCAAGGAGGUGUCAUCAAAGCUGAUUGAGGACGCACUACAGGCCUGCGAAGGUCAUCUCAGCAGUUUGGCCCAUGAGGAUAUUGAUAACACCAUGGAGUCACCAAUGUCCCUGACUCAGGCUGAUUGGGCCUUCUUUCUCCAGCAGUACUACCAAGUGAUCCAUGAGGGGGCUGAGCUAAAGAAGAUUGACUCUCAGAUCCAGCGUUGUGAAGACAUCCUUCAGCAGCUUCGAGCAGUGGUGCCUCAAAUUGACAUGGAAGGAGACAGAAAUAUCUGGAUCGUGAAGCCUGGAGCCAAGUCUAGAGGUCGAGGUAUAGUGUGCAUGGACCAUCUAGAAGAGAUGCUGAAGCUGGUGGACUGUGACCCCAUGAUUGUAAAAGAUGGCAAGUGGGUGGUACAGAAGUAUAUUGAGCGGCCCCUGCUCAUCUUUGGCACCAAGUUCGACUUGAGGCAGUGGUUCCUAGUGACUGACUGGAACCCACUCACUGUGUGGUUCUACCGGGACAGUUACAUCCGCUUUUCUACGCAACCCUUCUCCCUCAGGAACCUGGACAGUUCUGUGCAUCUCUGCAACAACUCAAUCCAGAAGCACUUGGAGAAUUCUACCAGUCGUCACCCUCGGCUGCCCCCUGACAACAUGUGGUGUAGCCGGAAAUUUCAGGCUCACCUGCAGGAGGUAGGGGCACCUGAGGCUUGGAAAGAUGUCAUGGUUCCAGGCAUGAAGGCUGCAGUCAUCCAUGUACUGCAGACUUCUCAGGACACGGUGCAAUCCCGCAAAGGCAGCUUUGAGCUGUAUGGGGCUGACUUCGUCUUUGGGGAAGAUUUCCAUCCCUGGCUGAUCGAGAUCAAUGCCAGCCCAACUAUGGCACCUUCCACAGCUGUCACCACCCGACUCUGUGCCGGGGUGCUGGCUGAUACAUUGCGUGUAGUCAUAGAUCGUCGACAAAACCGAAACUGUGACACUGGUGCUUUUGAGCUUAUUUAUAAGCAGGCAGCUGUAGAGGUACCCCAUUAUGUGGGUAUCCGACUACUGGUUGAAGGCUCCCCUGUGAAGAAACCUCUGACUGUCCGUCCCCGAAGAGUACCAUCUCGUCCACUGGUACGUCGACGCCUUAAGGACCCUAAGGAGAGUCAGAGGGAUUACCUUGCCUCCUUGCGAAGCCUGUACUGCCAGAUUCCCGAGUGCUCAACCCUCGUACCUUCGUUCUCAGACUGCAGCUCCAAAAAACACCCAUUUCCUGCAAGAACCUCAGUGCCACAGGCAGGGCCUUGCUUAUGUUCCCGGCUCAUAAGGAGCCUGUUCCCAAUUGUGGGAAGCAGGCCAAGGUGGGCCCCAAACCCUGAGGGGCCAGGGAGGGGGCUGAUUUGUGCUAAAAACUGGGAGCAUUUGGGGAGGGGGAGGGAGGGAAAAGGGUUUCUCAUGGUCUAGGCUAAGCCAAUGGGAGCUGACCCGUGCUUGGACCAAGCCCCUUGGCCCAUGCCCCUUGGCCCCAGCAAGGUGUCCCCAAUUUAGAGCCUUGAUGGUGAUCAAGCCCAAAGGAGUACAAGAGGCAAGUUAUAUUCUUUAGUUUCAUCCCAAAGCUAUUUCAGAGAAGUGGGAGGGAGAGAGGGAGGGAGAUAACUGCCCCUUACUUAAACCCUUAUCCCUUUUCCUGAGAAAUUCCCAUCAGCUUUUUCCCAUAGCCUCAAAUGGCAGUUUUAGAUCACUCAGAACUCCAUCCACCCAAACCACAGAAAAAGGAAACGCCUCUGGGCCCCAUUUGCUCGAAGAUGAAAUGCAACUUCCUACCACCUUUAACAACUCGAAGCCCAGGCUUGAUGGGCUUGAUAACUGACCAAAUUUUACUGAAGGCUUUUAAAAAGAGUACCCACAUUCAUGGCUCCUACUGGCACCUGGCUUCCAAUCUUCACAAGUCUGGAAGGACCAGGAAAGAACUCCAGAAAUUGGAGAUCAUGAAAUUGGGACAUUUUUGGCCAUGCUUCUCAUAUUCCCCUCCCAAACUUAAAUCCUGGCCAAAGAAGUUAUCCUGGGUCGAAAAUAAAUGGAACUGAGAUACA